AUGCCCAGCACUGAAGAAGCUCCCAUCGCUGCUACAGUCGUAGCUUCUGAAUCUCCAACUAUGGACUCUAAUGAUCCAUUUUUCCUUCAUCCCUCAGACUCUCCUGGCAUGAUUCUAGUCAACACUGUCUUUGAUGGUCAUGGUUUUGCAGGAUGGAAGAGGGCUCUCCUCAUUGCACUCUCUGCCAAGAAUAAGCUUGGUUUCAUAGAUGGGAGUUGCAAAUCACCUGCUGCUGAUUCAUCCAACCUCAGGCUGUGGAAUCGUUGUAAUGACAUGGUGACAUCUUGGUUGCUGAACUCCCUUUCAAAGGAAAUAGCAGCUAGUGUCCUGUAUUCAAAGAGUGCUGAAAGCCUUUGGGAUGAUCUUGAGGAUAGAUUUGGACAGUCUAAUGGUGCCAAACUCUAUCAUCUGCAAAAAGAGAUUAGUGAUUUAGUACAGGGAACUAGUGAUAUAGCAGGCUACUUCACNAAAGGAAAUAACAGCUAG